AUGCUUCAGUUUUCAAUUCAACGAGUGAGGAACUUGAGAUCAUUGAGGCAUCGGAUAUUUGACCUCAGAAGUUAUGAUUUCUCCACCGCCGUUGAACCCUCUUGGAGACUUCGCAACCCUCCGAGAGUUCCAAAUAUUAUUGGAGGAAGUUUUGUUGAUUCUCAAUCAUGUGACUCCAUCGAUGUUUUGAACCCAGCAACACAGCAAGUUGUGUGUCAAUUACCAUUGACAACGAAUGAGGAGUUCAAGGCUGCAGUAUCUGCAGCCAAACAAGCCUUUCCAUCAUGGCGAAACACGCCAAUUACAGCCCGCCAGCGUAUCAUGUUCAAGCUCCAAGAACUUAUUCGAAGAGAUAUGGAUAAACUUGCCAUGAACAUUACAACAGAACAGGGGAAGACAUUGAAGGAUGCACAAGGCGAUGUGUUCCGUGGAUUAGAGGUGGUGGAACAUUCUUGUGGGAUGGCAACUUUGCAGAUGGGAGAGUUUGUUCCCAAUGUCUCGAGUGGAAUUGAUACCUAUAGCAUUAGAGAGCCGCUUGGUGUUUGUGCUGGGAUUUGUCCCUUCAACUUCCCCGCAAUGAUUCCUUUGUGGAUGUUUCCAGUUGCAGUUACAUGUGGUAAUACCUUCAUUUUAAAGCCAUCGGAGAAAGAUCCAGGGGCUUCUAUAAUGCUGGCAGAGUUGGCAAUGGAGGCCGGUUUACCAGAUGGUGUUUUAAAUAUUGUUCAUGGCACCAACGACAUUGUUAAUGCUAUUUGUGAUGACGACGAUAUUAGAGCUAUAUCUUUUGUUGGGUCAAACACAGGGAAAGAUCCUCUGUACCUCACAAGUAUGCUUGAUUGGGAUCAUCCCCUAACCAACGGGAGAAGAGGGUUCUUCAGUUCAGAAGAAUGA